GGGGAGGGGGAAGGGAGCGUGAGGGGCGUGGCUUAAAGGGGCGGGGUUUGAUUGGGCGGUGUUUGGAUGGAGGCGGGGCGUAGAGGCUGAGUUGGCCUUUAGUAGGCGGGGAUUGAAGGGGAAGGGAUUUUUGAUUGGGCGAUGCGCAGAGGGAGGGCGGGGAAAAGAGGGUGAGUUGACCUUUAGUAAGAGAGGCGUGAAGAGGGCGGGAUUUGAUUGGGCGGUGCUUGGGAAGGGGGCGUGGCUUAGUGUGUGGGUUAGUUGGUAGUGGGCGGGGCUUAAAGGGGGCGGGGACUGAGGGGGUAAGAGGAACGGGGGGGAAAUGUGGGAAGGUUGUGGGGUGGAGGAGGAGGAAAAAGCGGGUUAAUUGUGGGGAAAAUGCGGGGCCAAGAGGCGGCACCGUGUGGGGACAGAAUGGAGACCUCCAACCUCCCCGUUACCACAGCAACUGAGCGCCUCACCUCUGCCCCGCCCCCUUCCGGUGACGUAGAAAGGAGCGGGCGCUCUGAUUGGUCCGUGUGCUGCUCGCGGACCGGAAGUGCCGGAGCGGCGGGAGGUGGGGGAGGGACGCCAUGAUGGCGGCGGCGGCGGCUGCGGAGCGGUGCGGCCGGGAUCCGUGCGGAGCGCUUUGCCCGCUGCUCGCCUACCUCAGCGUGGGCUACGCCGACUACGCCGUGCUCGCCCACGUCCUGCCGCAGCCCGCGCUGCGAGCCAGCCCAUGGUGCCCCAUCCAUGCAGUGACGUUCAACCUCCUGGUGCUUCUGCUUUUGGCCUCCCACACCCGCGCUGUCUUUGCUGACCCCGGUGUGGUUCCCCUCCCUGGCACUGCCAUCGACUUCUCAGACCUGCACCCAACGGAGCGGAACUCAGAUGAAUGGACGCUGUGCAGUCGCUGUGAGGCCUAUCGGCCUCCCCGUGCCCACCACUGCCGUGUGUGCCACCGCUGCGUGCGCCGCAUGGACCACCACUGCCCCUGGAUAAAUAACUGCAUCGGGGAAUUGAACCAGAAAUACUUUAUCCAGUUCCUCUUUUACACUGGCCUGACCAGUGCCUAUGCAGCGGGGUUGGUGUUGGCUGUGUGGUUGGGACCAUCAGGAGGAGAUGGCACCGAAAACCGCAUCCAGACCACUCACUGCAUCGUUCUGCUGCUGGAGUCCCUCCUCUUUGGCAUUUUUGUCACCGUUGUGUUUUAUGAUCAGGUGGUGUCCAUCCUCACGGAGCAACCCCACAAGCGGGGGUCAAAGGAGGCGUGUGGGGGACGAGCAUGGGCAGCAGCACUGCAGGAGGUGUUUGGGGGAGGCUGUGUGCUCAGCUGGCUCUGCCCCUGCAGCACCCCAUCCCACCCCACAUACAGCCUCCUGCCCCACGGCGACGUCUGAGCCCCAUAGAAUGGCUGGGGGGGGGGAUUGGUGCCCCAGGGGGUG